CACAUGCUUUGUGAUCGAUAUCGAAAGGCGUUAAUAGAUGAACAAAAGUCAAGUUACCAAUCUGGCCGAAGCAUCAUGAUAUUCUCUCGACACUUCAAGAAACUUGGCCACUGAUCGUUACGCAAGAAGACUACAACGGAGUGCGUUCAAGACCUUCAAGCCAUGUAACACCAUUUCACCACAUGCAAUCAAAGGAAUCGCCAUACCCACAGUCUCGUUGUAACCAUGGCUGCACAUUCAUGAUGAUAGCGUCCUCGAAGCCCGAGCAUCUCCACAAUCGUGCUCCUUAGUCAGCAGCCUCCCCGGAAUCGCACCUCGGCAAAGCAACGAUCUGCAAGCAUAGAGUGCGGACCCUGUCCAGAUCCCGCCUGGCCCGCUACACUGCAGCAAAGAUAAGUUUCCCUCCGCUCCUCUGCGCUGCCAUGACCCCUCUCACACCGUUUCCACGAUGCCGAAAAGCCCGCCGACGCAGGAGUCAGAAGAGCUAGCUGUGGACGUUCAGAAUGGCGUAGAGGAAGAGCAGGAAGAAGCGAGAAAUGAAGAUAAGGAAGCUUUGGAGCGCCGAAUACGGUUAAAGGUGGAUUUCCGACUGUGCAGUAUCGCGGGGAUCCUGUGCAGUCUGAAUUUGCUCGAUAGCGGCGUGAUUUCGAGCGCUUCGGUGACGUCGAUGCUGUCGGAUCUGCAUCUAGAUCAAGGGAAUCGAUACUCUGUGUCGAUUUUUAUAUUUACUAUUGCGUCUAUCGCUUUCCAGCUGCCGUCAACCAUUGCGGUCCGGACGUUUGGCCCCAGGAUCUGGUUCUCGUUGAUCACUGUCUCCUUUGGCAUCAUUACGCUAUGCACGGCUUUUGUGACGACGUGGAGGCAGAUGAUCGCGCUAAGAGUGUUACUGGGUAUCGCUAUGAGUGGGGUGUAUCCGGGGCUAACGUACCUCGUAUCGACCUGGUAUACGAGAAAAGAGCAGCAGCUUCGGUUUGCUCUCCUUCAGAGCGGCGAAGUCACCGUGCUAGCAACUGGAGGCAUUGUCAACUUCGGACUGAACCAGCUGGACGGGAGGUCUGGACUGAAGGGUUGGCAAUGGAUGUUCAUUGUCCAGGGUACUAUAACAGCCUUCAUCGGCAUCGUAACCUUCUGGUGGAUGGUGGAUUUUCCUGAGAAUGCUCACCAGAGCUUCAUGUUUCUCUCCGAAGAGGAAACGCAAAUCGCUGCCAGUCGAAUCGAGAAGGACCGGGGAGAUGUCGAAGUUGAGCCUUUCGCAUGGAAGAAAGUCCUCAUUCACGCCACCGACCCCAAAGUCUACGGCUUCUGCACGCUCUAUUUCCUGCAGAACCUGGUUUCGACAGCGCUCUCGUACUUUCUCCCCAUCAUCCUGCAAGGCGGCAUGGGCUUCUCGACCAAUGACGCCAUUCUGCUCUCCGCGCCACCGUACUACUACGCCGUCAUUCCAGCCAUCCUGUCCUCCCUCAUCGGCGACAAAUACCAGCUGCGCGGUCCUAUCAUCACCUUUAACUCGCUCUGUCUCAUCGCCGGCUUCUGCAUGCUUGGCUUCAGCAAUCAAGUCACUGUGCGAUACGUGGGUACGUAUCUAGCGACAGGCGCAUACGUGGCCAACUGGGCGGGCAUGGCGACAUAUCAAGCGAACAAUAUCGUGGGUCAGUGGAAGAGGGUCUUUACUGCAGCGGCCAUUACCGCGUGUAAUGGAGCGGGCGGCAUCGCAGGAAGCUUUAUCUUCAGACAGCAAGAGGCGCCGAGAUAUAUGACGGCGAUAUGGGUGUCGAUUGGUGCCGCGCCUCCAACCACCACGAUGGUGUUCUUGGGCAUAUACCGCGCCGUCUACGACUAUGCUCCGCAGGGCGACAACGAGCUCGCCUUGGCAGAGGGCGACCUGCUGAUGGUGCUGGAGAAGUCGACCGAGGACGACUGGUGGAAAGCAAAGAAGAAGGGCUCGGAUGAUGAAGAGGAGGAGCCCGAGGGAUUGAUCCCGAACAAUUACGUCGAAGAGGCGGCACCCAUCUCCAAAGCCAGAGCCCUCUACGACUACACGCGCCAGACCGACGAAGAGCUCUCCUUCAAGGAAGACGCAACCCUCGACGUCUACGACACCACAGACCCGGACUGGACACUGGUGGGGGUCGACGGCGACUAUGGCUUUGCUCCGGCAAACUACAUCGACCUCAAAGAGGGUGUUGCUGCUGAGCCGAUAGCAUCUCCGGGACUCCCUCCCAGGCCUCCUGCUCCAGCUGCCGCGCCCGACUCAGACGACGAGCAGCAGCCCCCGACACCGGAUAGUCCAGUACACCAGAGUCCAGCUGCGGCACUCGCGGGCAUCCUUCAGAAGAAGUCUGAGCAAACCGCGGCUCCACGGUCGGCCAUUUCUCCUCCACCCCACGUCAGCGCCCCGACGCGCCGGGUGCAGUUCACGCCGGAAGAGUCCGACGAAGAAGCACCGCCCCCUCGUCUCCCGCAGAGACCACCGUCCCAGACAAUCUCGCCGCCGCCCACGCAAUAUGCCUCUCCGCGCUCUCCCGAGUCACCUCCGGUCAGAUCUCCACCCCCUCGGAGUGUCACUUUCGACCAAUAUGAUCGCCGCGACGAACCGCCUCCAACGCCACUUUCCGGCUCAGGAUACCACUUGUACAACAUCUAUGAAUACCUGACGCAACCGGGGAAGAACAAGAAAAUGCCGAUCACGUUGGGCAUCAACAUUCCCAAGGGCAUGAUCAUGAUUGCGCCGGAGAAGUCGCGCGACGGACCGCAGCAGGAGUGGAGCGCGGAUAAGCUGGAAUACUACUCUCAGGAAGGGAAGCAUGUGUUCAUGGAGCUUAAGCGGCCCAGUAAAAGCGUCGACUUCCACUGCGGGGCCAAGGACACAGCGACCGAAAUCAUCUCGGCGCUUGGAGAACUGUCUGGGGCCGCAAAGGGCGCUGGCCUGCGAGAGGUGCUGGCUGCCGGCUCUGGACAUUCGAAUGUGCAAAAGAAAGGCGUAAUGCUGUUCGAUUUCAUGGCACAAGGCGACGACGAGGUGACGGUCGGCCUCGGCGACGAGAUUCUGGUUCUCGACGACUCUGCCAGCGAUGAGUGGUGGAAAGUCCGAAGACUGAAGAACGGCAAGGAGGGUGUGGUGCCGGCUAACUACGUCGAAGUCACAGAAACCGUGCCGAUCUCCUCCGCCGCCGCUACGCUCGCUCGCUCCGGGACUAAUGCUGGACGAUCGGUGGUGGAACAAAACAGGCUGGAGGAAGAGGAGCUUGCUCGCCAAAUGUCGAAGGCUAGAAAACGUGAGAGCGACGUCAAGGCUGAUCAGAGAAGCAAGCGCGAAAGUACUGCGAAAGACUCCAAGUCCUCAAAACCGAAUCCUGUCAAAGUACGAACAUGGACCGACCGCUCCGGCUCAUUCAAGGUCGAGGCUGAGUUCCUGACGGUCAAAGACGGGAAGAUCCAUCUCCACAAAGUCAAUGGUGUUAAGAUUGCCGUUCCUGUGCCGAAAAUGUCUGUCGAAGAUCUGGAAUACGUCGAGCGUGCCACUGGAAUUUCACUGGACGAUGACAAGCCACUCUCAGAGAUCAAGCGGAAGAGCACACAGCGCGCCAAGGACAAGGACCAGGCCACCCGAUCCGCGUCAGGAAUAACUGUCGAGUCGAAGCCUCAAUACGACUGGUUCGACUUCUUCCUCCAGUGUGGAGUCAAUCCGCAGAUCUGCGAACGAUAUGCGCAGGCUUUCACCAGAGACCAAAUGGGUGAAGAGAACAUGCCGGACAUUUCUGAGAAGCUGCUGCGGACGCUCGGUCUUAAAGAAGGCGAUAUCCUCCGCGUGAUGAAGCACCUGGACGCCAAGUACGGGCGUGCCGAACGCGAGAAACGCAGCGUUAGCUUUGGUGGCGCCUCCGUAAUCGAAAACGGCGAGGAAGGUAGUAGUGGUGGCCUCUUCUCUGGACCAGGCGGUGCCUUGAGGAAUAACACUCGAAAAGGACGGCCUGCUCCUCCUGUCCAGACGAACGACGUCGUGGAUGCGAAGGCGUUCGAGCAGAAGACCGACGAGGCAGUCAAGAAGCCUGCAGAUUCGACACCAACUCCGUUAACAUCUGCUCCUACGCCGGAAAAGAAAGUUGAAGGAUUUGACGACAAUGCUUGGGAGGUCAAGCCUUCAAGACAGCCAGCCCCGGCUACCUCAAUGCCUUCAACUUCAGCUCCUGCGCCUGCGCCUGCACCAGCCCCGCAACCACCCGCUCUCACAGGCUCAAUGGGUGAACUGUCUCUUUUGGAUAUGCCUGCUCUUAAGCCUGAGGUACAGGCGCAACCGACCCCUCCAGCGCCAGCGCCAGUGCCAGCGGCAUCUCAGCCUCCUGCGCAGCCAGCACAACCUCAGGGUGCUACUCAGUCACUAUUCGAUCAAGUAGCAGCGGUCAAGGCUAUGGCGCCCCAGCAGCUCGCUCCACCACGGGUCCGACCAACAGCGCCUCAGCAAACGGGGCAAGGAGGCCUCAUUGCUCCUCCACCACAGCGUGCUUCUUCAGCACCCCAGAACCCGCAACAGAGCGCUUUCGGCCCACCUCCGCCCUUGCAGCCUCAACUUACAGGCUACAAUCCGAACAUGCACACGCAGGUUUCGCCUCCCGGUCAGAGCUUACAAGAUCUCAACAUGCAGCGAAUGCAGCAGCAGAUGACGGGUUACCCCCAACAGAACCCGCAGUUCCAGGGCCAGCAAAACCCUCAAUUCCAGUUCCAACAGAAUGGCAUGAUGCCUCAACCGACGGGCUUCAACGCGAUGUCCCCGCCGCCACAACAGCCACAACAGACAGGCUUCGCUCCUAUGAUGCAACCGCAGCCGACCGGCUUCCAGCCCGGGAUGCAGCAGAAUUUCCAGCCGGGAUUCCAGCAAGGCUUCCAGCAGAAUGGCCCAUUGCAGCCUAUGCAGAUGCAACCUACGGGUUUCCAAACCUUCUCUCCGCCGCCGCUUAACCCGCAGGCCACGGGCGUCAACCGUUUCUUGCCUCCUGCCCUCCAGGCGCAGCCGACCAGCUUCGGUCAGACGCAAAGUCCACCGCCUAUGCCACCAAUGCCUCCAAUGCCGUCGAUGCCAACAGCUCAACCCUUGGUACCGCAGAAGACGGGGCCAGCACCUCCUAUCAGGUUUGGAGUGCAGCCGGCGAAGAAGCUGACGCCGCAGCCGACGGGGAGGGCUAACCUUGCCAAAGCUACGCCCCAUAACCCAUUCGGCUUCUAAGAUCACGCACCUCCACGUCGUGCUGUUAUAUACGCAUUGUAUAUAGUUUCGACAUGGGAGUUCUAUUUUCAGGGGUUUAGCCAUGGAUGCAUGGCAUACGCAUUAAGCUUUCCGUCGCUGCAUUACUAUCCUCUGCAUGGCGCUCUUCUUGGCCUCGUUCGCUUCUCGUGGUAUAUUUAUUGGUCUGGCUUGGCGCUUCCCGUAGCGAAGAGGAGGGUAAUGAGAUUAGGAGGACAGGCGAGGUGUUUGCAUCAGCACAACAUAUGCAGGAUGAGGAAUCAAUGGACUUUUGAAGUAUGUUGUAGUAUAUUUUUAAUGCAUGAGAGUAUGAGUAUUUCCGG